AUGUCGUGGACUAAAGUGGUAGCUAUAACCGGAUGUGAUAGUGGCCUUGGAUGGGCUAUUGCAGCGCGCUCAGCCCGCGAAGGCAUGCUUACUGUAGCUGGAAUGUUCAAAGGAACUGAUACAGAUGCUUCACACGCUUUAAAGAAUUUAUGUGCACAUACAUAUCCCCUUGAUGUGACUGAUCCAGAUAGCGUGAUCGGAUUUCGAGACUAUGUACAAAGUAUUUUAAAAGACAAUUCGAAUAACAAGCUGUACGCCGUAGUUAAUAAUGCGGGAGUUAUGACAAUUGGUGAUUACGAAUGGCAAACACCUAAAAUUAUAGAAAAUACGAUAAACGUUAACCUGCUUGGCUCUAUGAGAAUUGUUUCUUCGUUUUUGCCAGAACUCAGGAAAAGUGCAGCUGACAGUGCAAUAAAGCCUCGUAUAAUCAACGUAUCGAGCCACUGCGGUUUGCAGCCUCUGCCCGGCUUUGGUCCUUACAGUGCGAGUAAGGCGGGUUUGUUGGCUUGGACGCGAACUUUGCGGAUGGAACAACGUGAAUAUGGCGUAAACGUUCUUGCAUUUAUUCCAGGGGGAUUUAUUGGUUCGAGUAAUUUAAUGUCUUAUCAAAAAACACAUUGCAACGAUAUGUUGGAAUAUCUGUCCGAAGAACAGAGAGCUGUAUAUGAGAAAAAAAUCAAGACUCUUUGUAAUUAUCUGGAAAAGGCUGCGAAUAAUGCGAGAUUUGACUCUAUGAAAGAUGAAAAUAUAAUUGAGACCUUCAUCAAAGCCCUCACUGAUGAAAAUCCGAAAGAACUAUACAAGAUAGAAUCUUGGAGAUAUAUGUUUUAUUAUAAUUUAUUAAAACUGCCUAUUCCAGAAAGUGCGCAUAGGUGGUUAAUAAAUAAAUUUGUUAACUUUCCAUAG